GAUUGAAAAUUAGUAAAAUAGCAAAACACGAUAAGAAAAAGACUGAUUGUUUGAUAAUAAUAGGAAAGUCUUUAAGAAUUUCUGGAGUAAAGGCUCUUAUAAAAGACUUUGCUAGUGCGGUUCAUGAUCGAAAAGGUUAUGUGAUAUUGGUGAAUGCUACCGAUAUAGCUACUAAAGAAUGGAAUGUCUUAAUUGACUUUCAAAUAGAAGGUGCUUGCGAUGAUUGG